AUGCACAAUAAUACACAAGCUCAAAUAGUAACCACAGCACAGAAUGCUCGUUUAUUAGAAUUGGUGUAGAAUAACAGAAAACUGGUUCAUGAAGGAUAAAUCUAAAUUUGUUAUAUGCCUGAUGCUCGAAUCUAUUUUGUGAUGAUCAACACCUAUUGUCAAACAAUCUUUCCUAGUACUCCUUGGGUUAUACUUAAGUCUGAUAAAGGGUAUUCCCUUCUGUACCCAAAUGCCACUGCUGGUAUUGAUUUCAGUACUAUUUAGGAUUGAAUGGUAUUUUCAUCCAAAAAGGACAAGAUGGGGAUUUCUUUUUAAAUACACUCCAACAAUUAGUACAAAUAAUUCCGUUUGAAAAUGCCAUCCAAAUACCUUAAUUCAAACAAAGCAUUCAGCUUCAUUGCAAAGAUAUUGAUAUCAACCCAUUGGAGAAUAGUACUGUGGCUGUGGGCUAUAUAAAGGCUGGAGGAGAGUAAGAUUUGUACCUGAUUUAUUCUUAAGGGCUUUGAAAGAAGGUUUCAAUUGGUUAGGGGAUAAGAUAGCCAAAGGAGUGGCAGCAGGAGGAGAAUAUAUCAAUUCUAAAGUUGAGAAAAAGGAAGAUGUUGAAGUCAAACCAGAAACAAAAAUUAAAGUGGAGAUAGCUAAAUCUAAGUUCUCAGAGACAGUUGAUGUUACUGGGGCAUAUCUGAAAUAGUUAUUCACUCCAGUUGUUUAAAAAGGGUCAGAAAUUAAGCAGGAUAUUAACAAAUAGAUUGAUACAUCGGAUAGUUAAGGUAAGCAAUAGUCCUAUCAAUAUUUAAGGAUUGAAGGAGGGUCGAGAAAUAUUUGUGGCUAGUUGGGAUGCUAUGGGAACUGCUUUGACUGGUCUAGGCUCUGCAUUGUCAAAGAUUGGUGAUUAGAUUGGAACAAACACUAGAGUUAUAGUUGAAAAGAAGUAUGGAUAAGAUGUCUCGGAAACAUAUUUGGGUCCGAAACAAUAAUAAUAAUAAUAAUAAUGAUUUGCAC